CGCACAGUGAUGCCGCACAGACUGCGCCCAUUCGUGCUGCGUUUAAGCGGAAUGAAGUCAUAAUUAAAGUACCUACCGCCGCGGCGCGAGAGAAGGGCACCGAGCGCUGGGACUUUUUGAAUGGGUUUGGACGUGCGCGCUCUGGCUUUGCUCGGAUGGGAUGCACGGUGAGCUUCAUCUGCUGUGAAGAGGACUUUCUGCAAAUGCCUGUUUACCAACAUGAGGAGGAAAAGAAGAAGGGAAGCCCGGACAAGCCAGAGGAGUUGGAGGCUCUUCAUUCCCAUACGUUCCGGGUGAAGACUUUCAAGAAGGCAAAGCACUGCAGCGCCUGCAAACAAGCCAUCGUCCAGGACGGACUCAUCUGCCGAGUGUGCCGAGUAGCAUGCCACAAGAAAUGUGAAGUCAAGGUGUCCUCGUCUUGUGUUCCAGCAACAAACUAUGAGCUGGCACCAAGCAGUGACCUCCCUCUCAAACAUGUAGACACCAUGGGCUCAACAAAAUCCUCAAAGAGCAUGGAGUCACGGCGCAGACCAUCAAGGAGUGCGAGUCUGCUGCAGGCGCUGGAGGAGAACUACGAGCUGGACCUGAUCUACAUCACGGAGCGCAUCAUCUCCGUCUCCUUCCCCAGCAGCGUGGAGGAGCAGAGCUACGCCGCCAACCUGAGGGAGGUCGCCUCCAUGCUGCGAUCCAAACAUGGUCACAACUACCUGCUCUUCAACCUCAGUGAAAAGCGCUACGACAUCAGCCAGCUGAAUCCAAAGGUGCUGGACUUUGGCUGGCCCGACCACCACGCUCCUGCCCUGGACAAAAUCUGCAGCAUCUGCAAGGCCAUGGACACGUGGCUGAGUGCGGACAGCCACAAUGUGGUGGUCAUACACAACAAGGGCAAUCGAGGCAGAACGGGAGUGGUGGUGGCGGCUUACAUGCAUUACAGCAACAUAUCUGCCAGCGCUGACCAAGCUCUGGACAGGUUUGCCAUGAAGCGCUUCUACGAAGACAAAGUGCUUCCUGUGGGUCAGCCAUCUCAGAAAAGGUAUGUGGAGUACUUCAGCGGCUUGCUGUCCGGACACAUCAAGAUCAACAACAAGCCGCUGUUCCUCCAUCACGUCAUCAUGCACGGCAUCCCCAACUUCGAGUCCAAGGGAGGUUGUCGUCCUUUUCUCAAAAUCUACCAGGCCAUGCAGCCCAUCUACACAUCUGGGAUCUAUAACGUGCAGGGCGACAGCCAGACCAGCAUCUGCAUCACCAUUGAGCCUGGCCUCCUUUUGAAGGGGGACAUCCUGCUCAAGUGCUACCACAAACGCUACCGCAGCCCGUGCCGAGAUGUGAUCUUCCGGGUGCAGUUUCACACCUGCGCUGUUCACGACCUGGGAAUUGUCUUUGGAAAAGAUGAGCUCGAUGAGACAUUCAAAGAUGAUAGAUUUCCAGAAUAUGGAAAAGUGGAGUUUAUUUUCUCCUUUGGACCAGAGAAAAUACAUGGUCAAGGUAUGGACCACCUGGAGAACGGGCCAAGCGUCUCGGUGGACUACAACACUCAAGAUCCUCUGAUCCGCUGGGACUCCUACGAAAACUUUAAUCAGAACUGCGAGGACGCCACAGACGGCGAGAACGAAGUCAUUCAUACCCAAGGGCCCCUGGACGGCAGCCUCUAUGCCAAAGUUCGCAAAAAGGAGUCUGUUGAAGGAACAGUCACGUCGAACGGCCUUCCACCUUCUGCUGUUGAACAUGCUUUACCUGCGGUUGACCACGCCCUGUCUGUGAGCAGCGACUCAGGAAACUCUACUGCCUCUAUCAAAACUGACCGAACUGAUGAAGCAACAGCAGCUCCUCAGGCUUCCACAGUGAGCCAAACACACAUCGCUGCGGGUGAGGAGCUACGCUCAGUCCAUCAACAAGCUCCACCCGCCCAACAAUCUAUCAGUCCCCAAGAGAAAAAGGAACUAGAGCAGCUACUGAGUGGCUUGGAGGGGCCCAUGCACAGGCAGGCCUUCCUGUCCACUCCAACAUCUGCUGUUGGAGGGAUGCUUCACCUGGUGCCUGCACAGGUCCAUGUUAAUGGGCACAGUAACAUUGACCGUGAGACUGACAUUUUAGAUGAUGAGCUUCCUACCAGUCAAGAGGGCAACAGCGUUGACAGCCUUGGGACAUUCUCUUCCACAGAUGGGCGGGCUACACCAGCUGAUCUCUACUAUCAGUCUGAGUCCAUUAUCAAUGGCCAGGACCAUGUGCCAUAUCUGGAGCGCAGCGUCCCCGAAAAGCCUCUGGAAACCGUCCAACCACAGCUUGGCAAGGCUGUCACAUUGCCCCACAGUGGUUCGACCCCAUCCUCGGGUAGUUACAUGGCUACUGAGAAUGGCAGUCUGUACCGCUCUCAGUCGUUUGGUGCAGAGCCAAAGUCUAUGCCACAAGCUCCCACCCGCACCACUAGUAGUAGGGAUGCUGUCCAGCGUGGUCUCAAUGUUUGGCAGCGGUUCGGCGUGCCAGAAGAGCCAGUAACUGAAGGGCUCACUUUUAGUCCGCCUCCCACUCUAGCAGCCAUGCCCAGCCACCACAGCCUGCCACAGUUCCCUCAUCGCCACAGCGCCUCGCAACAAGAGAUUGAGCAAUCAAUUGAAACCCUUAAUCUCCUCAUGAUGGACCUGGAACCAGGCCGUUCACUGGUGACAAAAUCCCAAAGUGUUCCACUGCGGGAAAACAGUGCUGUAGUGACCACUCAGCCAACCUUUUCACAGAGCCAAUCCAGGCCCUCCUACCAGGCUGAUUCAACCAUUCACACCCACUUUUCAGGCCCCGUGUCCAGCCACUCAUCACCACCUGUGAAACCCAGUACACCAGAGCCUGCACCUGUCCAAGGAUCUCUGAGUUACACCUCUGGAACAGCUGCAACUAGUACUUCCUCACAAGCCCCCCCAACUGUAAGUGGCCACAUCAAGACAAUCAGCACUUACCCACCGACCAUGCUGCCCCAGUCUGCAGAGGCCUCGGAACCCCAGAGAAGCCCAAGCACUGCCUCAGCAUCACCCCAGCCAAGAGAUAGUGAGCCUGAUGAAGUCUUCACUGUUGAGGGUCUGGUGGCCCAAAGAGUGGCUGGUGUUCAGGCUCGUGCGAUCUCUUUGGAUGAGCCCACAACUGCUCCCCGCCGCCGUAUCACCAGCGAAGGCCAGAGCCAGAAUGGACCUGAUGACAGUACAUCUCCCGAUGUCCCGGUUCGCUCCCCCAUUCGGUGUGUUUCUCCAGAGUUUGUCAACGCCAUAGCGAUGAACCCCGGUGGACGGCCAAAGGAGAAAAACAUGCACAGCUAUCGAGAGGCCUUCGAGGAGCUGGAAGGAGGCCCCAUCAGUCCUACACCCACAGUUGGUGGUGAGGCGUUUCCCCAAACCCCUGCCUUCCCCAUCUCGCCACAAACCCCUUACUUCAACCUGUGUCGGUCCCCUCCCGGCCUUGCCAAGACUCCACUGUCAGCCUUGGGUUUGAAGCCCCACAACCCAGCAGAAAUCCUCCUCAAUCAAACAGGCUCAGCACCAAGAAGUUAUGUGGAGUCUGUGGCCAAGUCAGCAGUGGCAGGAGGAGAGCCACGCACAUCACCUCGAAGCCUUAGCCCACUGGGAGAUGCUGCAACCAAGCAGAGAAGUCCAAGUCCCACCACCACCCACACACUGAACCCACCUUUGUCCAGCAGCAGUCCCAUCCAGAGCUCACAAGGCGAUCACGCCGUAGCAGAGAGCAGCGUUAGCACUCCGUCCCAACCCACUACUGAUUCUGGGUUCCGCUCCCAGGCUACAGAGAGUGCUUACCCCACUCCAACCCCAUCAUAUCAAGCCUUGAAUACCCCCACUUCAUCCUACUUGGAUUCUAGCUCUCCAGCCUCCUCUUAUCUUGGGACUACUACACCCACACAGUCCUACCUUGGGCCCAGCACCCUCUUAGGAAGCUACACAUCUUCAGAUCCGAGCCCGCCCAGUUCAGAAGUUCCAGCUCAGACCACACUCAGUCACGGAAGCCCCUAUACCACCAUCACUGACUCCACCAACAAUCCCGUCCUCCAGCAGCGCCCGAGUGCUAAUCAGGAAGUUCCCGUCAUGAGCCAGCAAAUAUCACCAGCUAAUGGCUUUGAAGUGGGCGUGUCGGGUCUCAGCGGCAGUCCCGUCCUUGGUCAUCAUCCGUCUCAGGGAGCGCAGAGCAGUCCAGUCCUCAGCAGGCAGAUUUCUUUGGGGCCAGGACCUCAGCAGAGCCCGAUCCUCAGCAGACAGCCGUCCCUCGGUCAGGCUAUUCAAAGCAGCCCUGUGCUCAGCCGACAACCAUCUAUCACACAGGCUCAAGGAAGUCCAGUGUUGGGACGUCACCCCUCUGUUUCUCAGAUGUCCCAGAGAAGCCCCAGUUUAGACCGUCAUCCUAUGCACAGCGGUUACACAACGCCAGAUGAACGACACGGGAACCUGUCACGGCAGAGCAGCUCUUCGGGCUACCAGGGACCACCAACUCCCUCCUUCCCCAUCUCACCUGCAGGCUACCAGGAUGGAGGGAUGAUGGGGAUGGGCUUAGGGUUCAGGCAGGGAAGUCCGGCCCCAGGCUUCCAGCCCCAGCUCCCGGAGAAGAGACGCAUGUCAAGUGGCGAUAGACCAAACGGAGCACUGUCCUAUUGCACGCUGAACGGGAAGAUGAUGUCCCCAAUGAGUGGAGGAGGCACUCCCGGAUACUUCCACACCCUCUCCGACUUCUCAAGGUUCAAUAUGCCAGACGGAAGCCCAGAGAGCAGGCUGAACGUCAAGUUUGUUCAAGACACGUCCAAGUUCUGGUACAAGCCCGACAUUUCCAGAGAGCAAGCAAUCAGCCUGCUGAAGGAGAGGGAGCCUGGAGCCUUUGUUAUUCGGGACAGUCACUCCUUCAAAGGAGCUUAUGGCUUAGCCAUGAAGGUGGCAUCUCCUCCACCCACUGUGCACCAGAACAAGAAAGGUGACAUCACCAACGAGCUGGUGAGGCAUUUCCUGAUCGAGAGCAGCCCUAAAGGAGUGAAGCUGAAAGGCUGCCCCAACGAGCCUUACUUUGGUUGUCUGUCUGCUCUGGUGUACCAACAUGCGAUAACACCACUGGCCCUCCCAUGCAAACUAGUCAUCCCUGCUACAGAUCUCAUCGAGGAAGUCCCGGAGGUCCCAACAGCAAACCCGAUGGUUGAAAGGCUGAAACAAGGAGCAGUGCAGAGGGCCCCUGCUGAUUCCCAUGCAUGCAAUGUUCUCUACAUCAACUCAGUGGAGAUGGAAUCCCUGACGGGCCCUCAGGCUGUCGCUAAGGCCAUAUCUGAGACGCUGGCUGCUGCUUCUCCACCUGCUGCCACCAUCGUGCACUUCAAGGUGUCUUCGCAAGGCAUCACCCUCACCGACAACCAGAGGAAGCUUUUCUUCCGGCGCCAUUACCCUACCAACACUGUCACGUUCUGCGAUAUAGACCCUCAGGACAGAAAAUGGAACAAGUCUGAGGGAGGCACAGCCAAGCUGUUUGGGUUCGUGGCGCGUAAGCAGGGAAGCACAACAGACAACGUCAGCCACCUCUUCGCCGAGCUGGACCCUGACCAGCCUGCCAGCGCCAUCGUCAACUUCGUCUCGAAGAUGAUCGCCUCGCAGAAACGAUGAGCUGUCAGCAGAAACCCUGGCGCUUUUUUUAAAAAUAACUUUGGUUAUUUUCCUUCCUUCCUUCCUUUUUUUUUUUUUUUAAACCCACAGACACUUUCAGCUUUUGGUUUUUACACAUCACCUUAUUUUUCUUGCUCUUUCACAUUUAAGCCUAUGCGUCUGUGUGUGUGUGUGUGUGUGUGUGUGUGUGUGUGUGUGUGUGUGUGUGUGUGCGCAUGUCUUGCAUGCGUUUGCUUAUAUUCUUGGAUGGACUCCAGAAUGGACCAGAGGAAGUGCAGGAUGAGGCGUGGCUGUGUGUGACAAUGGGAAGGGAGGGGAUUUUUAACCUCCCGGGCGGGCAGGGUUAACUCGUGAACCGGAAGAGGGAACGACGUUGUGUGUGCAAAUAUUUUUUUUUUUUUAGCGACUGUUGUGUUUUUUAUUUUUUUAAAAAGAAGAAGUCAAGUCGUGUGAUGUAAAAGGUGGAUUGUAAAUCUUAUCAGGCUUUUUGACUGGUCAACCAAAGAUUUUUAAAAAGCAGUCAGGGCGUGUGUAGCGUGUCGCUGACGAUGAGGGUCGGAAGUAUUCUUUUGUAAAACAAAUAUGGCUGCUUAAACAAAAAUACUGUUUCUUUCUGUAUGUACUGAUACUGUAGGUCAAUUCUGCACCGUUGCCAUUUUGCAAAAAAGACUUUUUUGCAGCUGGUAAGGGCUGUGUAAAUAUUCUAGAUUGCUUUUUUGAGUAGGACUGUUCUAGACAACAUUUGGUGCCUGACUUUCUUAUCUAAACGCAGAGCUUUUAAAGAAAAAAAAAAAAACCUAAAACAUAUCCACGCCGUCUUAAUAUAUGCAAAUAGCCAAAAUACCACAGGUCCUUCCCUGUUCGUAGUGUAGCUGAAGAUGCGACUGUGCGCAGCCAGAGAUGUGAACACAGAGAAGGAUACGGGAUCACUGCAUCCACGCGGGAUUGAUUUGCUUCCUGUCUCCACAGCGCACAGCCACACGGUUCGCUCAUGACUGAAGGGCCGAGGGCAGUUUUUGAGGACAGUCUUUAUAAAAAGAUCUCGUCCUGUGACUCUGCUCUGCACUUUUCUCUGCUCAAAGUUUCCAUCACUGAAAGAAGCUCUUUGCGUCAGCCACUCACCCUACCCAAAAGUAAGCUAUACAUAUAAAUAUACAUACAUAGAUAUAUAAAUAUAUAUAUAUAUAAACUUCCAAACAGUGACUUAAGAUAUUUAUUUUUGUUGCUUUGUUGCUCUAUAUUAUCUUGUAUACAUGUAUUAUAAAGUAUACAUCAAGAUUACUGAAAGCAAGAAGAAAAGAUUGCUUUUAUUUUGGCUAAAGUGCAUUGACGUAUAUAAAGGUGUAAAGUGUGUGCAUUUAAAAGGUGUAUCACUGUCGGUUUUGAAUGUUUUAUUUUUUUCACAGCAUUAUUUUCUUUUGUUAACAUUCUUGUUGUUUUCUUGGGGGAAAUAUUUUGUAUGAAAAGUUAUUAGUAAAGUCCAAAUUGGAGUUAUCCUAAAGCGAUGGCAGCACGGUCGUUUUAUUAACUUAAACCUGCCGAGAAAAUACGUUGUCCAAGUUUUGAGCACUUAAAAUGUUGAAGUAUUAUCCGUGUUUUUAUUGUCAGGGAGGGGGAAUGAUGACACACCUACUGCAUAUGUACAGGCAGGCUGACAGAUUCUUAAUGUUGGCACCACCUCAGAGCAGGUCUAACGGCAAAACCCCGACAGUUAUUCAAGUAGCUGCCGCCCCCAUGUGGUGCAAAAGGAUCACUACAAAAGGAGCCACUUUUAUUCUAAUGCAGUGUUUUAGCUGUGUUUAUGUCACAAUUAAAUAUCAAGUUAAAAUAAUUUGAUUGCUAAGAAAAAAAAAAUGUUUUUGCAGUUUUCUUUACAAACUUUUUUUUUUGCAUUUUAAAUAAACAUUCAAGGAAUGAGCAUCAACAAUUUAGACUCCCACCUUCAGCAGCAUGACAUAAAAUAAAUAAGGGUUAGUUUGGGGGCCUGCGUGGACUCAGAUUUACUUCUUUAAAAAAAUGAAUGUUCCAUUAUUUAUUAGCAGGAGCUCGCAUGCUCGAGUCAAAUUGUAACCUUUAACCCUGUUGACUAAUCUGUGCUCAGCAUCUUCAUGUCUCAUUUAAACCAGCCUUUCCACAAAGAUGCCCUUAGGUGUGCGUCGUGGCUCAGCUUAUAAGACAAGACAAAAAAUAAAAACAAAACUUUUUUUUGCCUACAAAUUGCUCGUUGAUGAAAAAAAAGAAAACAGACUUCCUAACCAUGAAACUGAAUGUUAGUCAUUUAGUCAUCUGUUUGAUGGACACUCCAGUGGCAUCUGCCCACAGAUCAGUCUGGACCCAAGAAUGUGUGUGAAUGAGCUACUAUUCCUGUAUCAUUUUUUGGUUUGCUACAUUGUAUGGCGUUUACUAUUUCUGAUGGAAAAAAACAUUAAAAAGCAGUACAAAAGAAAA